UUCUCUCUCCCUCUUCUCUCAGGAGUUAGAGGCAGCUCUUCACAGAGAUGACUCGGAGUUUAUCAGUGAUCUGAUUGCCUGCCUGCUUCAGGGCUGCUAUCAGCGAAGGGAUAUCACGCCUCAGACAUUCCACAGCUACCUGGAAGAUAUCAUUAACUAUCGUUGGGAGCUUGAAGAAGGAAAGCCCAACCCUCUGAGAGAAGCCAGUUUUCAAGACCUUCCUCUGCGCACUCGGGUAGAGAUCCUUCAUCGCCUCUGUGAUUACCGGCUAGAUGCAGAUGAUGUCUUUGAUCUUCUUAAGGGUCUGGAUGCGGAUAGUCUCCGAGUGGAGCCUCUGGGUGAAGACAAUUCAGGUGCACUCUACUGGUACUUCUAUGGGACACGGAUGUACAAAGAAGACCCAGUACAAGGAAGGUCCAAUGGAGAACUCUCCUUGAACAGGGAAAAUGAAAGACAAAAAAAUGUCUCGAAUGUUCCUGGAAAAACAGGCAAAAGAAGAGGAAGACCUCCAAAACGGAAAAAAGUACAAGAGGAAAUUAUAUCGAGUGAAAAGCAGGAAGAAAGCGCGUUGGCAUCUGACCUACUGACAAGAAAUGGGUCCCGAGGGCCAGGCCAAGGUACCUGGUGGCUCCUGUGUCAAACAGAAGAAGAAUGGAGACAGGUCACUGAGAGCUUCCGAGAGAGGACCUCUCUCCGAGAGCGGCAGCUCUACAAACUCCUCAGUGAGGACUUCCUGCCUGAAAUCUGCAACAUGAUUGCCCAGAAGGGAAAACGUCCUCAACGCACAAAGCCAGAGUUGCAGCAUAGGUUUAUGUCUGACCACCUGUCCAUCAAAUCCAUCAAGCUAGAGGAGACUCCCAUGCUCACCAAGAUAGAAAAACAGAAGCGCAAGGAGGAAGAGGAAGAACGGCAGCUCCUACUGGCAGUGCAGAAGAAGGAGCAGGAGCAGAUGUUGAAAGAGGAAAGAAAGCGGGAAUUGGAGGAAAAGGUCAAGGCAGUAGAAGAUCGAGCCAAGAGAAGAAAGCUCAGGGAAGAGCGGGCAUGGCUGUUGGCUCAAGGCAAGGAGCUACCCCCAGAACUUUCCCAUUUGGACCCGAAUUCUCCUAUGAGGGAAGAGAAGAAGACCAAGGACCUCUUUGAGCUGGACGACGAUUUCACUGCCAUGUAUAAAGUUCUAGAUGUGGUAAAGGCUCACAAGGAUUCCUGGCCCUUCUUGGAACCUGUGGAUGAAUCUUAUGCCCCAAACUAUUACCAGAUUAUUAAGAUCCCCAUGGAUAUUUCAAGCAUGGAGAAGAAAUUAAAUGCAGGUUUAUAUUGUACCAAGGAGGAAUUUGUAAAUGACAUGAAGACCAUGUUCAGGAAUUGUCGAAAAUACAAUGGGGACAGUAGUGAGUAUACCAAGAUGUCUGAUAAUUUGGAGCGGUGUUUUCAUCGGGCCAUGACAAAGCAUUUCCCUGGUGAAGAUGGAGACACAGAUGAGGAAUUUUGGGUCAGAGAGGAUGAAAAACGGGAAAAAAGAAGGAGUCGAGCUGGUCGAAGUAGUGGAAGCCAUGUUUGGACCCGCUCUAGAGACUCAGAAGGGUCCAGCAGAAAACAGCCACCGGUGGAGAAUGGAGGAAAAUCACUGCCCCCUGCACGCCGAGCUGCCUCCUCAGGGGAUGAUCAGAGAAGCAGUUCUAUACAGCUCCCUCCAGAGGUGGGCAUAACAAAUGGCCAAGGCUUUUCCCGCUCCCUACACUGUGGCAGGGUGCCUACACAGGCACCCCCUUUAAACCAGAUGCAGACAGCAGCACCGGGAACAUUUGGCUCUCUUCAGGGAUCAGAUCCCACCAACUUAUAUGGCUCCUCUCGCGUCCCAGAGGUGCCCCCAGGAGAUCCCUUGCAGCACCCACCCUUUGCUAUACAGCCUCCCAUUGGAAUAAGUAACCACCGAGGAACCCGACUCAGUGCUUCUAAAGAGAAGAUGUGUGGGGGCCUAACUCACCUUUCCAAUAUGGGAUCACAUCCCCCCUCCUUGCAGCUUGGGCAGAUGAAUUGUCCCAGUCAGGAUGGAAACAUAUAUCCACCAGCUCCAUUCCAGGCAGGAUUUAUUCCUUCUCGACAUGGUGGAACGCCAGCUCGACCCCCAGACUUACCUGAAAGCUCAGAAAUUCCUCCCGGUCACAUUUAUCAUUCAUAUAAGUACCUGAAUCGAGUACACCCUGCUGUUUGGAAUGGGAACCAUGGUGUUACAAACUCAGGACGUUUGGGGCCAGAUGAGAAGCCUCACUUGGGGCCAGGACCCUCUCACCACCCUCAUACCCUUGGUCACGUGAUGGAUGCCCGAGUGAUGAGACCACCUAUCCCACCAAACCAGUGGACUAAACAGUCAAGUUUUCUACCUCAUGGAGUUCCUUCCUCGGGGUAUAUGCAACCACCCUGUAAAUCUGCUGGACAUCGCUUGCAGCCACCUCCAGCUCCAGCACCAAGUCCUCUGUUCGGGGGACCCUCCCAGGCCCUCCGGGGGGUGCAAGGAGGGGAAUCCAUGAUGGACAGCCCUGAAAUGAUUGCCAUGCAACAGCUCUCCUCCCGAGUCUGUCCCCCGGGUGUGCCUUACCACCCCCGCCAGCCCACUCCUCCUCAGUUACCUGGUCCCUUUCCACAGGUAACUCAUUCAGCGUCAGUAUGCGUGUCAACCCCGAAGCCUACUUUAGACAACCCUGGAAGUACACAGGAUGUUAGUGAAACACAGGAGACUGAGAAUGACCGAGCAGAACCUUUGCCUGGGCCCGAAGAGAAAACAGCAAAUGCUUGUGCUUCAGAGGGGGUAUACCUCAAACAGCUACCUCACCUGACACCUCCCCUGCAAGCCAAUUGUACCAGGCAAAGCUCACCACAAGAAAGGGAAACAGAAGGCCCAGAACUCAAAAGUGAUGCUUCAGAAACUGCAGACAACUAUAAAGCAUCAAAGAGCAAGAACACUUGGCCUUUGGACAAUAGCUACACCAGCCCAACUGUACAAGGUUGUUUGAGAGACCUCUCCAUAGUGGCAGACAGAGGAACUCUACCCGAAAAUGGGGUUGUUGAUGAAGCAUCUCCUUGUAGGUCAGAGGGGAAGGGCCUUGGUGGCAGUAGUUCAGAAAAACCACUCUGCCCCAGGGGUAAAACAUUGCAGGAAACCAUGCCAUGUACAGGACAGAAUGCAACUACACCUCCUUGCACAGACCCCAAUUUGAUGACAGGCAGUGUAAAUCAGUUUUCUCCCUUGUACAUGCCUGGCCUAGAAUAUUCUAAUUCAGCUGCACAUUACCAUAUGAAUCCAGGUCUGCAAGGCUUGGGCUCUAUGAUGGGAGGAAAGUCCUCAGGAUCACAUCCUCAGCCCUUCUCUCCCAGGGGCUUCCAGCCUAACAGUCCCCAUCCUGGACUCUUUUCCCAGUACCGCCCCCAGCAGGGAAUGAAGUAUGCCUACCAGCAGUCUUCUCAGCCCUCCUACCACCCUUAUCAGCGGACUCCUUACUACACGUGUCCACAGGGCUUUCCUGAUUGGCAGAGAUCUCUCCCUUCCCAGAGAAGCCCCAGUGGACCCCAAGGGAGUCACCCUCCACGCCCCCUCUUCUCGGAUAAGAAUGCCUUGUCUACUCUGCAAAGUUGUGAGACACUAAAUGCUGCCUUAACUUCUCCAACUCAAAUGGAUGCAGUGGCUGCUAAAGUUGUCCUGUCUGAUGGACAGAAUCCUGGUCCAGAGGAAGAAAAGCUGGAUGAAUCUGUGGAGAGACCAGAGAGUCCCAAAGAAUUUCUAGAUCUGGACAACCAUAAUGCAGCUACCAAGCGGCAGAGCUCACUGUCUACCAAUGAGUAUCUUUAUGGAACUCCACCUCUGAAUUCAGGAAUGACUUUUGGUUCACCUGCUUUCCCACCCCACAGUGUGAUGCUGCAGACAGGGUCUCCAUACACUCCUCAGCGUCCUGCCAGUCAUUUCCAGCCCAGGGCAUACCCAUCCCCUGUGGCUGCCCAUCCACCUCCCCAUCCAGUGGCCACCCAGCCCAAUGGCCUCUCUCCAGAGGGCCCCCUCUAUCGCUGUCAGGAAGAGGGCUUAGGUCACUUUCAGUCUACAGUGAUGGAGCAGACUGGCACUGGAAGCGGAAUAAGAGGCCCUUUCCAAGAAAUGCACAGACCAUCGGGAAUGCACAUGCAUCCAGUCCAGUCACAGUCCUUAUUCCCAAAGACCCCGGCACCUGCAGCAUCACCGGAACAGUUGCCACCACAUAAGCCCCCAACACUUGCUCUGGAUCAGAGCUAGUCCAAGGAGGAAAUAAUCCCCAAGGAAAUGGACAGCUGCACAUGAAGACAUACAGGUCUUGGAGGAUUUGGAGGAAUGAUUGUUCUACGCCUCUCUUCUGCCGUCCUCCUCCACCUUUUCUGUGAAGCAUACCAUCCUCAGAACUUGAACUCCCGGGCUUUGGAUACACACUUUGUAAAUGAUUGACACAGGGCCCGUGGCUGGGAUCAUCUACAUAGCUGACGUACUUAGCAAGAGCAAGUGUACCUGGAGUUCUUGCUGGCUUCUCCAGAUCUCAAGACUCUUGUUCAGGGAAAAUCACUUUAAACUUGGGUGGAGGGUACAUGUAAGGAUGCAGUGGUGCUUUUAAAUAUUCAUGAGCAGCUAAUCUCAGGUAUAUAUUUGGGGAAGGGACUACUUGUAGUAUUAAUGUUUUUGAGCUGGGGCCAGUUUACAGAAUUUUCUUGUUGCCUCUUUUUUUUUUUUUUUUUUUUUUUGGGGUGAAUGUUUUGUAUAUAGAGUGGGACAGUCGGGUGGGCACAUGGAGGAGCUGGGAGUCCUUCCCCAACUGUAGCAGGCACACAGUACUGGAGUAGUCUCUGUCCUACUGUAUGCUUGUGGAACUUGGAAACGAUCUGAAAGGUGUCAGCUUGUGUGUGUCACUAGCUUGUUUCCAGCCAGCCUCAGAGACUACUUUACUGCAUUUGUCCUUCUCAGCAUUCUUUUCUCAGUAGUCGGCAGGUGCUGUCUUGUGGCCUGCUGGGUGUUUUCAGCCAGAGGACAGGCUGCUCUCACUCUGGCGGCCCAAGUUCUGGAUCUGGGAAAGCAUGUCUCUUCCUGAUUCUCCUACCAACCCCACCAGAUAGUUGUAAACCAGGAAUGUGGGCUGUCCAGUUAUUAGAAGAUGAAGUGGCUUCUUCAUGGGCCUCUUAGGCCAGUGGUCUAGAAGGCAUCACACGCUUUCUAGCACAAACUUUGUUUUAUGAAAGUGACUACUCAGGUUUGUUAUAUAUAUGUUAGUUUCAAUAAAGAUAUUGCACAGGUUUGAAUAAGGAAGUAUAUCCUAUAGAUUUAAAUUUGAAUUUAGGACUAUUUCAGUAUGUAUAGUUUUUAUUCAUUUUAAGAGAAUCUUAGUACCUAUGACUCAAUCACGUUGAUUUAAAGUAGCUGUGAAGGGCUAGUUUUGGAAAUUAUUCAUUGUGUCUGUGAUAGGAAACAAUUUUACAGUAUUAAAUUACGUUACUAUGGAUUUAGAAGUGAAUUACACUGGAUUCUCCCUGCUUUAGCCUUCUGUAUUUUAUUUUAGCUGAGAUAUCACCAAAGUUAGGACCUAUGUUUAAAAUUUUGAAUAUCCCACACAGAAUAAACUAAGGGAAAUGCCCUAGAGUUGCAAGUCUCUUUAAAAGAAUAUAAUUUUACAGUAUGCUUUGGGGUAUGGUGAUCUCUAUAUUUUAUAAAUAUUAAUCCGCCCAGAUUCUUAGAAGUUUAGGUGUGGGUGGGGUCAAUGGAAGAUUUUUCUCAAGUCCCAGCCUUCCCAGUAAAUGUAGAAUAGUCUGCCAAAUAUGUGAGGAGGGGAGGGAAAGAAAUUGGAAACAUCCAAAUUAUAGAGAUAAUUGGACCCUUGGACAUCUGCUGAUGGGCGUUACUGGUUACUAACCUGCUGGUGGUGCUGACCCACACAGUGUCUCCCAAGUACAGCACAUACAGACAUGCAAAUUUCUUUCCAACAAGCUUAUUUUAGUUGUUUUACAGUCAACUGAUUGAGAAGCCCAACACCUACAUGCUUGAGUUUAGAAUUAGAAGAGUAAAGAAAUCAGAUUCAUUGAGUGGCUCUGGUCUGCUGUUGAGCUAAUAUGAGCCAGCUUAGUCCUGCUGCUUCUGUGUCUGCCACUACAGCAGAGGCCUGAAACUUCUUCACUAGGAAUGCCACAACCAUCAGACCUCUUUCAAGGUGCUAAAACUAGAGGUCACUAAGCUGAGUGCAUCCUCACCUCCUCUUCCUGUUUCUAAAGCAAUGCUGUGAACAAUAUUGGGGAGCAAGGAAUUGGUGAGUUCCUUUAUCCCUUGGUUUAAAUAGAAGAUGGAACUACUGUAUUUAUUAAGUUCUAACACUGUGAGAAGAGCCUGUUGUGUCCUUUGUGGGAAUUUGGUAGUUCCUAGUCCUUACAGGUGCUAGUCCUAUAAAUUCCCAACUUUUAUUGGUCUUUAAAUGCUAGGUACCUUGGAGCAGCCAGAACAAUACAAUGCUGCUCUUUUGUGAGCCCAUCACCCUCACCCCCUUGAGCCGGACAAGAGCUUUUGUUUUCACUUUUCUUCUAGCUCUUCUCUUCUAGGUGUCUUCAGCAGAUGCCAGUAGUCUCGUUUAGAGUCUUCAGUAGGAAAUGGCUGAUUUUGCGAGAUGUAAUAAUUAGAAAGUAGUAUGUGAGGGUGUCUUAAAAGAUCCACUCUUGGACUAGGACUGGUGUUCAUUGGUUACUGUAACCGUGUCAGUAUGCUGACUCUCUAGUCCCCAGGAGGACAUCACUGUGCAUAAUUGGAAGCUUUCUUUGAUUUAGUGUUAGACUUAAACCUUUAUGAAACUUAUUCAUAACUUAGAAACCUUACGGCCUAAAAGAAAUAAAAAAUUCAGAAAGAAAAGUAGAGCCUUUUAGGUUUAUAGGUAUAUGUCUUCCCCUAACCCCAGCCCUGCUGUGGGAUUUGUUUGUUUCUUUACUAAUGUAUUAUAAUAACUGGUCUGUUACACCUGAAAAGUUAAUCUACCAAGUUACCAUAGUUUUUGGCUAAUGUUGUGUCUAUUUCAGGUACAAAAUAGUCACCGUUACUUUAUCUUCAUUCACCGGGAGCCUUAACUAGAGCAGCAGCAUUACUCUUGUACUUCUCUACAGUCUUCUCUGAUAGUUCUCAAUAUCAGACAUUUUCAAAUUUUCAGAUGUGCAUUCUUUCAUAUUCUCUGUUAGUUUUAGCAAUCUGUUUUUCAAGAUGUUUUUCCAAAGACUUACAUGUGUAGGUACAUCAUCUCUAAAAGACACUGUAAGUUAUUUCUCACUUUUCUUCUUUCUUCAGUUAAAUUAGUUAAAUUCAGUUAAGUUAGUACAACUAGUUGGUAUUUCACCUGGACAGCCUGUAACUCAUCCAUGGCUUCACUGAGGCCCUCGUUCACCGCCCUCUUCAUCAGCAUCCUCACACUUCUGCUCUGUCUUUAUGGUGUUCAGUUGUUCUAAAGCACCCUCCAGACCAAUCUCUUCAUUUAGAGCUUUAUUAAUUUCUUCUUUGGUUUCAUUCAAGAGUUCUUGGAGAGGUACUUACACUUGGUCCCUGUAUUUAACAAGGCAUUUGACACCAGCUUCGGAAUUAAAUUUAAUUUCAAAGUCAUAACCUUUGGAAUUCUCAGCUUCUUUGGGAAUAAGCUUUAAUUUUCUAGCCAACUUGUGUGGUAUUCUGCCAACUGUACUUCAAUUGUUUCUUUGCCUCUGGCAUAUUUUUAUUCCUCGAUCCAUCAUUGUUGUUUAGCCUCUAGGUCUUUAGUUAGUUUAUUAGUGGUCUGCUACAGUUCAUUUUUUUCAUGUCUUGUUCUCUCAAUGUCUAUAACUGAGUACUUUUGGUUAUCAGCAAUAUUCUGUAGUUGAACAUUCUCCUGUCUUAUUGUUUCCCAUUCUAGUUCUAGUCUACCAGUUUCUUUAUCAGGACCAGUCAAUUUCUGGUCUAAACUGGAUGGAUUAAGCUCCAAUCUGUUCAUGUAUGCUUUAUAUUUGAGCAUCUACUUGCAAGGAAGUUUUCAGUUUCUCAGUGAUGUCAGAUGAUUUGGUUCUUUAUUUCUUUCUUACUCCAGUCUUGCAAUCAGUUCAUUUAGUGCUUUGUUUUCUGCUGCUAAUGAAACCAGCUUGGAUGCAUCUACAGCUUUGACUGCAGCUCUGCGUUCAUCUCUUCAAAGCUGUCACCACCAGCCAUAAAAGUCCAUAGCAUAUGAUGGUGUAGUCCAAAAGCAACUUGAUGCAGUCUGUUAACCACACCAAGGCUGCCACGAUGUGAGGCCAGGUAUGAGGGUCUCCCACUGUAUAUAUGGAGUUCAUGGACAGUACAAAGGAAUGCCCAAGGGCUUGAAAAAUUCUUGGGACCUCUUCUUCAAUUUUUGUAUCAGGAAGUUCUUAUGAUGGGCACAGGAAGCCACAAAGAAAGGCAAAGAUCUUUAGGAAAUCUUUAGUUGAUGGGGCUUAAAGCAACUUCAUGGAACACUACAUGCAUAACCAUUUUCUGUAAGAAACUUUACCAAAUAUUGAGACUUUGCUUUGAGAUGUAGGUUUGUUUGUGCUCAGGUUUCCAAAGGUUGUUCUCUCUUUGGUUUGAGGGGUAUUGAAGUCAGGGAUCUUAACUCCCAUAUAGAGACGUAGCAAGCACCACUAGUAAAAACUGAACUGUGCUUCAUAACAUUUUCAGAGAUUCAGUCCAUUAUCAUGACAGAGAGCAUGGCAGCAGACAGGAGGACGUGGUACUGGAGUAGCUGCUGAGAGCCCUGCAUCUUGUAGGCAACAAGCAGUUAACUAACCUGUUUCUUUGGGGAAAAAAAUAGCAGGAGCUGUUGACUAAAAAAGUGUGGAGACUAGGACUAAAUUUGCAGAGUUCUAAUUCAUGUAACUUUCCAUCUCGUCUUAAAGAGACAGCCUCUCUGCCUUCCGAGCCAGAUUGGUUUUUGGUCAAUUGGUAGCACACCUGACUGUGAACUGCACUUCAGUUCACACUGAGCCCAGGCCCCAGGCCAGCUGCUCUGAAAAGAUAAACCUUAUGCUAGUGCUUAUAUGAAACUGUCCAUGGAAAACAUUAAGACCUGUAGUCUCCACCCCUCGGCUCAAUAGGUUUGCAGCCUUAAAUGUCAAUUACUCUAGCCUUCCUCUUGACUGACCAGUUGGUGUUAUUGUCCAAUGGCAUUUGUUUGCUGUAUGGUUGUGUGUGUUAAUGUCUACUGGCAUCAAAAGGUGUGCAUAUUAAAUGCAGCCUUAAACACACAAAUACCCCAAUAUAGUUCUCAUCAUGUUUGCCACCAACAAGACUUCAAUCCAUAGCACUUGGUCAUACUUUUUCUUUUAAUGAAUGUUUAAAUUUAUAAAUGAUACACUGCUCUGAAGACCCAAUUUGGGUGAGUGGGGAUGUAGGUCUGUGAUAGAGCACUUGGCCUAGCAUGUGCAGGGCCAUAUGUUCAAUCCCCAGAAUUAUAAAAUAAACCUAAUGCAGGUCUGGUGGCAUGGAUCUGUACUCCCAACUAUUUCAGGGCAGGAGGAUCACAAGUUCAAACUUGCCUGGGCAACAUAGUAAGAUACUGUCUCAAAAGUGAAAAAAUGGGUUGGGGUAUAGCUCAGCGUUAGAGCCCUUGUGCAACAUGCACAAGGCCCUGUCUUCAGUCCCUAAUAACACACACACACACAUUGAAAUUUCAUGGGAAGGCUUAAUCCAAAGUCCUAGACAAGUGUCAAAAUCCUCAGUGUUUCAGAUAACCUAAUUUGGUCUUCUAGAAUUCGUUUCUUUUUGGCCAGAUUCCCUAUAAUCCUGUUGUGAAGUUUCCUUCUAUAUAUCAGUGAGUGUUUAGUUCUGAGGGUUUCUGGAAUGUGGGUAGUUCUUGUCAACAACUAUGGCAAAGAUACUUGGCAUUUGGGUGGACCAUGCAGCAGCAUUUCCCCCAUGAAUUCACAACACUGAUCUAGUACAAAUGUGAGCCAACAUGGCAGGCAGAGAAAGAGAAUGAAAAGCCUGCUUAGUCUAGCUCCUGGCCAGCCACAGUUAUGUAGGGAGACCAUAUCCAACACACACACACACACACACACCCUGAGAAGUACAAGUGUGAUGGAUGUGAUUAAGACUUGGUGGUGAGAAGGCAGUAGCCUCAGGACCUGAGGUAGACCCUUCCUGUUGAGAAGAUAGGCUGCGUCCCACACUCACUGACACCAGCUUUGCUCUUGAUCCCUCUGCUUGUUAGUUAAACAUUACCUGGGUGAGGUAGGACAUUGAGCCUUCUGCGUCUAGACUUCAGUUGGCUGCUCUCACCUCAUCCCCUUGGGGUUCAGUGGGGGCAGCUAUAUUGAGUAAUUUAUUGAAAUGCUGCCUCACUCCACCUCAUUCUGCAACCUCUUGGUCCCUUCAUUUUCUAAGCAAGGGCUACUUCUCACUUGACUUGUGGACAGCUCCUGGGAUCCCCCAGCCGUGCUUCUCCAGCCUGCACACAGUAUAAGACAUUCAUCUGCUAUGAAAGUGAAUGAAUGCCCUAUGAACUGUCCUGGCCAGUACUGGAAAGGGAAUGGUAUUUAUUUUUAUAUUGUAUAUAUUUUGUCAUGGUCUGCUGGUUUCCUGUUUCAUUGAGAGCGACAAUUACCUCAGUAGUUUGAUAUUGUGUGUGUUGGAUAAGUUUUUGAAAGAAUUUUUUUAAAAAGCUUUUUUGAUCUUUGGAGAUCUGUAGAUUUAUUUCCAUAUGAACUGGUUAUUUUGUAUAAAGUACAUUGUUAAAUUA